AAGUGGGAACCUGUCAAAUUCGGGUACCCGCUCCCACUUCUGGUUUGUUCGCCUAGGACCGGAAGCGGAAGGUGUCCUCCUUCCCUCCCUCCCUAUAGUCUUUUGGGACAUGUGACAGGUCCCAGAAGACUACAGGACCAUUCAUGAAGCGCAGCGCUACUCGUACAGUGGGUACCUGGCUGUGAAGCCACAAGCUGUGACAGCCGGGUGCCUACACUGAAGAUGCCAGCGCCUGGAACACAGGACGGCUGGUGGAACGGGCUGCAGAGGACACACCACGG